UGCGUCGAUCUUCGGCUCUUCGAGUCUUCCCGCACUGCUUAUUUAGUGAGGCUCAGCUCAAUCCAAGCAACUCCUCCCUGUUCUCGCCAUUUCCAUCUCUCCAAUCCCAGAAAUUUCCGGGGAAAAAUGUCGGGAAAAGGCGCCAAGGGUCUGAUUAUGGGCAAAACAUCCGCCGCUGCGGCCAACAAAGACAAGGAUAAGGAUAAGAAGAAACCCAUCUCCCGCUCCUCUCGUGCCGGUCUCCAGUUCCCGGUUGGACGUAUUCAUCGGUUGCUGAAAGAGCGGACAACAGCAAACGGAAGGGUGGGUGCAACGGCAGCUGUAUACUCUGCAGCUAUUUUGGAGUAUCUAACUGCUGAAGUGUUAGAGCUGGCUGGGAAUGCGAGCAAGGACCUGAAGGUGAAGCGUAUCACUCCAAGACAUUUGCAGCUUGCGAUUCGAGGUGAUGAAGAACUAGAUACCCUGAUCAAAGGAACGAUAGCUGGAGGGGGAGUGAUCCCGCACAUCCACAAGUCGCUCAUCAACAAGUCUUCCAAGGAAUGAUGAUGUUGCUGUUCAACUCCAUCGUCGGUCUCGGUUGUUACAUUCAUUGGAGACUAGGGUUACUUUCCUGCAAAUUAAACCAUGUGCAUUUGGUUUAAUUUGGUGGAGAAAACAUAGAUAUAGAAUUGUGUAUGGGGUUUGUUGCCAAAUUCUAUCUAGGCCCUUGUUAGCUAUUCUCAUUGUAUUUGCCAAAUUGCAUCUAGGCUCAGUUAUUCUGGACAUGGGUUAUCUGUUAAUGAUUCUAAUGAAGAUUAGAUGUGAUGUUACUUAA